CAAAACGGCAGAUUCAAGGAAAGAAUAGUUGACACUAGGACAUUACUGCAGUCCAGAUCUUGCAUUUUUUCCAGUCUGCCAGCUUGACCUUGUCCAACCUUUGUUGGAGCAUAUAUUCGGCUGCUGUUCACCGAAAUGGGUGGUUGAUUACCAAUGUAUCAACAGAUGCGCCAACUCCAGCGCGGAGAUUUUAGAUUGCGGAUUGUUAAAAGGAUUCGGAAUCCGCCCCAAUGGAGUGACUCACCUCCACAAUUAUUUCAUCGCGUCCAGCAGCUUAUACUCUUAGAUAAGUACAUAACAAGUUCGCUCUAGGAAACAUCUGAGUACUUUGCAACUGCUGCUGAGAUUACAUUUGCUGGUGACUCCUGAGGUCUCUGUAAAGCACAUCUCAUCAAUGCUGAGUGAACAUACAUUCAGCUUCACCAGCUUCCAACAAGAUGCUGUGAAGGCUUUACUGUCGACUACAGGCAUUUCGCUGCUUUCAAUUUUACCCAUACUUAUCUUCAUUGUGCGCCAAUAUGGCUCCGCUCAUCCAGCGCAGCCGAGAGGAUGCCGAAGGCUAGGCCUUCCACCAGGCCGCAGCAAUCUGCACGACGAAUUCGACCAUAAGUAUGGCCAGGGAACCUCAAGCGACGUCGAUGACAAAGGUCAGCCUUUAUGUCGUGUUAAAGCACUCUUCACCUAUCCCAUCAAAAGCUGCGCCGCGGUCGAGCUGGACGUCGCCGAUGUCGUAUCGACCGGAUUCGCGUUCGAUCGACAGUUCUGCUUCGCGGAACAAUUCGCGCCUGACCAUGCGAGCGCCAGCGAUGGGAAGGCGCAGCCGUACUGGGAUACGCGGACUCUCCGUAACGGCCAUUACAGCCGGCUGACGCUCAUCCGGCCUGAGAUCUGGGUCCCUGAUCCCGCUGCCCCCGACUACGCGCCUGAUCUGGAUGAGGUCAGGUCUCAGGGCGUGAUGGUCGUGUACUACUCACGACCAGCUGCUCGAGGGCAUUUGUCGUACCUCGUCAAGUUGGGGAUAGCCCUGCGUCUGCUCCCCCGGGAGCUGUCAUUCAGUGUCCCGCUCGUUCCGCCACCAGACCGCGCUGGCGCUUAUCCUUCCGUGCCAGUGAAGAUCUGGAAAGAUACCUUGGUGGCAUACGACUACGGCCAGCAUCUUCCGCACGCCCUGCGGGAGUUUCUAGCUCCCCCAGAUGUGGGUGUGUCUCGCCCUCUCACCCUCUUCCGCGUUGAACCGACGCACCACCGGCAGGUCUUCCGCAACGCUCCCCGCAAAGAGGAGCUCGGAUUCCAACCUGUGACCGUGUUCGCGGACGCGUAUCCCCUGAAUAUCCUCAACAUCGCGAGUGUCCAGGACGGCCCCGAGGCAUUUGCGGAGGAUCACUGGAAGCGCAUCCUGAUUAGACCCAAGGCGGUUAAGAGUGACGCUGACGCUGGGAUUGAGUUACAUGUUGCCUGUCGGACGAUGCGCUGUCGGCUGCCGAACGUUGACCCUGCCACGGGUAUCCGGCACGCGUCUGAGCCGGAUAGGACGCUGAAGAGCUAUAGGCGGAUUGACCCUGGUGAUCCGACGAAUGCGUGUUUGGGGAUGCAGUGUGUUGCUGCUGUACAGGAGUUCGUCAUUUGCGUAGGGGAUACUAUUUCACUGCUGGAAACAGGCGAGCAUCGCUAUAUCAAGAUGCUGAACCCGGGCGAGGUUGUGGAAGGGGUGUAGUUCAGCAUUUGAAAGAUUUACCUGGAUAUGGUGAAUUAUUGUCAUGCUACGAGUCUAGGAGCGGAAUCGUAGUAAUAGAGUAAUGCUUGAAGAUCAUUAUUGAAUUAUGUAUCCUCAGAAAAUA